AUGAAUAUCUCACAACCAGUUCCGUCAGCUAUUGAUAGCGUUGAUUUUGCAUUCCUUUCUACCGCUGAUAUCAAAUCCCUUUCUGUGAAGAGAAUAGAGAAUCCUGUUACAUUCGACAGUCUUCUACACCCAGUUCCAGGAGGUCUAUAUGAUCCAGCUUUAGGCGCAUGGGGUGAUAAUAACUGCACAACAUGUAAUCUCAGUUCCUUUUCCUGCCCGGGUCAUGCAGGCCAUAUCGACCUACCCGCUCCCGUCUACCAUCCUACUUUCAUGGAUCAGGUUCUACGAUUGUUGCGAUCAAAAUGCAAAUACUGUCAUCAAUUCAAGAUGUCGCGAAAGGAGGUCAAUCGAUAUGUCUGCAAGUUGCGCCUGAUUCAACAGGGUCUACUGAGCGCUGCUGAGGAGAUCGACAAUAUUGAGGUUGCCCAACCAAAGGAAGGGGAGGAGCCUGCUAGUGAUUCUGAUGAGGAGAGCCCUGUCGAUAGUGUCAUUCGAAGGCGACUUGCAUUUGUCAAAAAGGAACUCAAGACAGCCAAGGCCUCUGGAUGGGAAUGGAGACGGGAUAAGCAUGAAGGUGUGGCAGAAGCACGUCGAGUUGUGGUUAAGGGCUUCAUGAAGGCCAUAACUGCAGGAAGGCUAUGUGGAAACUGUCAAGGCAUAUCGCCCACUUACCGCAAGGAUCGAUAUGUGAAGAUUUUCGAGAAAUCUUUGAGUGUCAAAGAUAAGGCCAAGAUGGCACAAGGCAGCUAUCGAGCUGUGAAUGCUGUUCAGUUGGUUCAUGGCGAGAAAAAAGAUAGAGAUGGCGACGAGGGUAUCGCGGAUAUCGACUUGGAAUCGAAUGAAGACGAGGACGAGGGCGAAGGAGAAACUCUUGAUGUAGACGGAGAUUUGGUCAUGGAUGGCCCCACCACUUCAACCUCCAAACCCCGAGUGGCCCCCUUACCACAGCGAUACGUCGAUGCCAUGGAAGUCAAAGCCUCUUUGACAUUAUUGUUUGAAAAAGAGCAAGAAAUCUUGUCCCUGAUAUACAAUUCCCGGUCAUCCGCCAAGAAGCCAUCAGUAGUUCGAGCAGAGGUAUUUUUCAUCCAAACUCUUCUCGUUCCCCCGAAUAGGUAUCGUCCAGAAGCGAAGACCGGCGAUGGCGAGAUUUCUGAAGCCCAGCAAAAUUCCCUGUACAAGCAGAUCUUAAAAAGUGCUGAUACUGUGAAUCAAAUUUACCUCGAUAUUCAAAAUCCCGAUAGGCCCUCACUAAGUGCAACAUUGAGAAAGAGAGAUUUCUUUGAUCUCCAAGAAGCGUGCUGUUCGAUGCAGGACGCUGUCAAUUCCUUGAUUGAUAGAGAUAGAAAUCCCAUCCAAGGUGCAGCCGGAAAGAAGAAUGAGGAUGGUAUCAAGCAAAAGCUUGAGAAAAAGGAGGGUCUCUUCAGGAAGAAUAUGAUGGGGAAACGUGUCAACUUCGCUGCCCGUUCCGUCAUAUCACCAGAUCCUAAUAUCGAGACAAAUGAAAUUGGUGUCCCUCCCGUAUUCGCCAAAAAGCUCACAUACCCCGAACCUGUCACAAGUCAUAACUUCAAGGAGAUGCAGCAAGCAGUCAUCAAUGGUGUCGAUAAGUGGCCUGGUGCUGCUGCAAUCGAAAACGAGAAUGGUCAAGUCAUCAACCUGCGCUCGAAGACACAAGAUGAAAGAAUGGCACUGGCGAAUCAAUUGCUUGCAUCUUCCAGCAAUGGAGCCAGUGGUGCCCGCAACAAGAAAGUUUACCGACAUCUUACCAACGGAGAUGUUGUGCUCAUGAACCGCCAACCAACCUUGCACAAGCCUUCGAUUAUGGGUCACAGAGCCAGAGUACUUCCAGGGGAAAAGACAAUUCGCAUGCACUACGCCAAUUGUAAUACCUACAAUGCAGAUUUUGACGGAGACGAAAUGAACAUGCAUUUUCCACAAUCCGAGGUUGCCCGAGCAGAAGCGCUACAGAUUGCCGACACUGAUCACCAAUAUUUGAGUGGUACAGCCGGUAAACCCCUAAGAGGUUUGAUUCAAGAUCACAUCUCCAUUUCCGUUUGGAUGUGUAACAAAGAUACAUACUUCGAUCGAGCUACUUAUCAACAACUUAUCUACAAUUGCAUCCGCCCAGAAAGUGGACAUAUUGUUGGCGAGCGCAUACAGACUGUGCCCCCCGCGAUUAUCAAGCCGGUUGCAAGAUGGACAGGAAAGCAGGUGAUCACAACAAUACUGAAAAAUAUCACGCCCAUAAAUUGCGCUCCGAUAUCUCUUACUGGGAAAACGCAAACUCCUGCUGAUCGAUGGGGUGAAGGUUCAGAGGAAGGUGUUGUACUUUUCAAAGGUGGUGAAUUCAUUACUGGAAUCUUGGAUAAAGCACAGAUUGGCCCUGCUGGAGGUGGUCUCAUCCACUCUGUCCAUGAGGUCUAUGGUCCUGCUACUGCUGGAAAGCUUCUCAGUAUUCUAGGUCGAUUGCUCACGAAAUUCCUCCACAUGAGGGCUUUCACUUGCGGAAUGGAUGAUCUAAUGCUCACCCCUGAGGGCGAAAAGACACGUACCGAGACUUUGGUAGAUGCUGGUAAUAUUGGUCUUGAGGUGGCUGCCAAGUAUGUCUCUCUAGAAGACCAAAAGCCUAGUGACACCGAUCAAGAGCUCCUAAAUAGGUUGGAGGAUGUUAUGAGAGAUGAUAGCAAGCAAGCAGGCCUAGAUGCACUGGUCAACGCUCGCGCCGGAAAGCUUUCUACCUUGAUAACCAAUGCAUGUCUUCCACAAGGCUUGGUCAAGCAAUUUCCGCACAACCAAAUGCAGAAUAUGACAGUAUCUGGAGCCAAGGGUACUGCUGUCAACGCCAAUCUGAUUUCUUGUAAUUUGGGACAACAAGUCUUGGAGGGACGUAGAGUACCGUUGAUGGUAAGCGGAAAGUCCCUUCCAUGCUUCAAGCCAUUCGAGACGCACGUUAGAGCAGGAGGCUAUAUCGUCAAUCGUUUCUUGACUGGAAUUCGACCACAGGAAUACUAUUUCCAUGCAAUGGCUGGUAGAGAAGGUUUGAUUGAUACUGCUGUCAAGACCUCGAGAUCCGGAUAUCUACAAAGAUGUCUGAUCAAGGGUAUGGAGGGUCUCAAGGUUGAGUACGAUACGUCCGUGCGAGAUUCCGACGGGUCCAUGAUUCAAUUUAUCUACGGCGAAGAUGGACUCGAUGUGACAAAGCAAAAGCAUUUGACCGACUUCAAAUUCAUAUUGCAGAAUCUUAUGUCGGAGCUUUCGCAAUUGAAUUAUGGUGACCCUCGUUAUGAUACGAUAUUUGAAGAAAAGGAAACGAUCAUCAAACGGAUGAAGAAGGCCUUGAAACAUGCGAAAGCAAAUGAUCUCAACGGUCCAGAUCCUGUUCUUUCCAAAUACAACCCUGGCAAAUACGGAUAUGCAACGUCAGAGAAAUAUUUCGAAACUUUAACAAACUACAUGAAGACCAAUCCAGAUGGUUUGGUCAAGGACAAGGAACAUCCGGACGGUGUCGGUCCCAGGAAGGCCCUGGAGCCUGUUCUUGUUGCCAAAUACUUGAAGUCUAUCGUUGAACCUGGUGAAGCUGUUGGUAUCGUUGCAGGUCAAUCUGUGGGUGAGCCUUCCACACAAAUGACACUCAAUACUUUCCAUUUGGCUGGUCACUCUUCCAAAAACGUCACGCUUGGUAUCCCACGUCUUCGUGAAAUUGUCAUGACGGCGAGUAAUCAUAUUUCAACACCAUCGAUGACAUUAACUCUCAACGAGGAGCUAACUCCAGACGAAUCUGAAAAAUUCGCCAAGUCUAUAAGCAUUCUUUCUUUGGCCGAGGUACUAGAUUGGGCUACAGUUAAGGAGCGUAUCGGACGUGGAGUAGCUUUCCAACAAGCUAAGAUCUACGAUAUCCAUAUCAAGCUCUUCCCUUCGAAGGAGUACUGUGAGACCUACGCCAUCGACAUUGAUGAUGUUAUCUUUACUCUUCAACGAAGGUUUACGCAGAAACUUCAAUCCCUUACACGCAAGGCUCUUGGAAGAAAGAAGGUCGAAAAGGCAGGGAAAGCGGGAGCAAAUACGGCUGCAGUACCGGAGAUUGGAAAGUCUGUGGGUACAAUAGAAGAGGCCAGACCGGAUGCCGAGAGAGAAACGGGCGAAGAUGACGAAGAUGAUGACGGCGAAGAUGAUGCAACCAACGACAAGCGGAAAGCCAACCGCUCCGAAGCUGUCAGUUAUGCUGCAAACGACGACGAGGACGAUGCAAUUCAAGCACAAAAUGCCGAACCCGAGGACAUUGAAGACAUGGAAGAUGAAGGCAUUGGAGGCAGCCCACGUGCACCCCAAAGUGAUGAUGAAGAUGAAGGCAAUGCCGACAAUGGAGAGCGUAGAAAGCGUAAGAUGACCGCUGCCACCGAGGAACUCGAAGCCCAAGUAAUGAAGCGAUGCCAAGAUAUCACUCGCUUCCGCUUCGACCAAGAGAAUGCAGAGUGGUGUGAUGUUACCCUCGAAUACGAUGCCGAUGUUCCUAAGGUUCUCAUGCUUUCCAUUGUUGAAGACGCUCUUCGAUCGUGUCUUAUCCAACAUAUCGCCGGAAUUGGAUCAUGUACCUAUGAUGGGAAUAACGAAGUUAAGGACACCAAAACAGGAAAAAUGGUCAAGGUACCAGUGGUUCACACCGCGGGUGUCAAUCUCAAGGCAAUGCAAAAUUAUGCCGCAUUCAUCAAUCCUAACACGAUCUCGACCAAUGACAUCGCAGCGAUGCUAGUGAAUUAUGGUGUGGAGGCUUGCCGAUCAACCAUCGUUCAGGAAUUACACAGUGUUUUCGAUGGUCACGCUAUCGCAGUGGACAUGCGUCACUUGAAUCUGAUUGCAGACUACAUGACUAGAGGUGGUGGUUUCAGUCCAUUCAACCGAAAUGGAAUGAAGGGUAGUGUCAGUCCUUUCAUGAAGAUGAGUUUCGAGACGACGGUUGGUUUCUUGGCCGAUGCAGUCGCAGAGUGUGAUUGGGAUGACUUGGCCAAUCCAAGUAGUAGAAUUGUGAUAGGAAGGACGAGCAAGGUCGGCACUGGAGCUUUUGAUGUUCUUACCAAAGUGCCAACGGGAAAGAGUGAGGAUGAAGUGAUGGAGGAAUGA